CCCGCCGAGCUUUAAAAGCCCACCCCGAGGCGGCCCCGCGGCCACGGCCCGAGCGAGAGCGGCGGCGACGAGCAGCGGGGUGCCUCAGUGAAAAGAAGCACCAGUGAAGAGCGGAUGGGAGAAGAGUACGAGAGCAGUUUUGCAUGAGUCUGCAGUAACUGUGGUCGCAGAGCUAUUGCAUCAUUUGCCCUCUCGUACUUUUUUUUUUUUGGUGUGAAGUUGUGUUGUAGUGUUUGGCAUCUCCUGGUAAAUCUGCACGAGUGAAGAGUGCUGAAGGAUUGCAAUAAACUGAACUGUUGCAUCUGUGUCCCUUGAGGAAGGCAGAAGACAGAUUUAUUUUUUUUCCAACCAUGGCGAGCCAGGCAUUUUCCCCAGAGGCUGCUUUCCCUCAUGGGAGGCGGAGGGAGAAAUGGGACCCCAGGCUUCUUUCAAGGGCAAGGAUUUACUUGGGAAAAAGCGAGAAUGUCUCCAGGCCUACAGCUGGUGGAGAACACCACAGAAGAAACGGAAGAAAAAGAACAAAAUAAAACCAGGAAGGAUAGAGUUUGUUAGUGCUACUACUACUACCAGUAGUACAGUCAGACCGGAUUAUUCAAUAUUUGUUGGGGAGCUUACUCCAGAAGUGGAUGAUUUCCAGCUCUAUGACUAUUUCCUAAAGAGGUACCCCUCAUGUCUUGACUGCAAAAUAGCAACAGACCUGCUGGGAUAUUCCAGAGGGUAUGCCUAUGUCAGAUUUGGUGAGCAAGGUGAUCAGAUGAGGGCACUGCAAGACUGCCAGAAUGCACCAGGUCUGGGGGGAAAACGAAUCCGGCUGAGCAUAGGAAUUUCUAAAAGACUGAAAGCAGAAUUCCAGCGGUACCAGUCAUACAACUAUAAUGAUUAUUACCAGGAUUAUCAGAACUACUACUCACAGUGGAAUUAUGAUGCAUAUGCUGAGUAUAACUACAACUCCUAUGCUGCCUAUGAUAGCAUGCAAGCUAUCGGAGACUGCUCUUUAGGAGAUGCUGUUAUGGCUCCAGCUGUUUUUGAGGAAUCUUCGGCUAUGGCUGAAAUCAGUGAUGACCUACUUACUGAAGAUCCACAGUUGUACUUGGAUGUUGAUGAAAUGAACAGACAAUUUAUGGAGACAAGUGAAGAACUCUAUGAUUCGCUUAUGAAUUGUCACUGGCAACCUCUGGAUACGGUCACUUCUGAAAUCCCCUCUGCUAUUUAAGUGUCUUAUAUAGCAUGGCCGUUAUGACCAAGGUGCUAAAACUACACUUCUACAUUACUCUAGAUCAUAAGUUUUAAAGCACAACGAUAGGUUGGAUUUCUUUUGCUAUGCUUUUGACAGUUUCUGUAAUCUUUUUCUUUUGUUCAUCACUCUAUUCUUGGAGCUUCAUGAAAUCAUGUAAAUAUUCUAGAAAUGUAAAGAGUUAAUUGAGGUCUAAAGAUAGACUUGCCUGUGUAAAUAAAAUUUUGUUUCUGCAAACCUGCCAGCAAGGGACUUCACUCAUACAUAUGUGUAGGAUGUUCUCUUCUGGCUUACAGAAUUUAAUUGGGGGUAGUAAGGGUAUCUCAUUCAUCUUUAUUUUUGUAUGGGUGUUAGGACACUAGCAAAAUCCAGCACUCACUUGUAGACUACUUGUUUAGUUUAAAAGUAUAGGGUGGGAGAUGUUCCUAGGUUUUGCUAUGAAAUUUCUUGUGCUCCCUUCCUCCUGCAGGCAUCUGACACUGUUAUUAAUCUGCUACUUCAGUUAAAAUUGGUUUAUAAAUAUGGUAUUUAAGCAUACAGAAGUUCAAACUUCAGCUGCCAUGGCUGCAAAAGUUCCAUGGACUAAGGAUGAUCCUUGCUGUCAAUUUCAGCCUCAGCAUUCAGCUUUUGCUUACUUCUCAGCUCACACUUCAUACAUUUAUAGUAUGUAUAUUGUAUACGCAUGUAUACAAUACACUUUUCAACCUGAAAAUUAUUGGAGAUAACAACUUGCUGGCUUAAAGGAGGGAAUAACACAUUGGGAACAACAAAAAGCAACCAAAAACACAAAUAUCCUAGUAAGAACUCUUUAAUUUCCUCCCUAUCGUUGACAAUUUCUGUGGUAUUCCUGAAGAUUAAAGGUUUUUAUAGUUAUGAGGUUACAGAACUUUGAAGUGAUGAAUGUAUUCAAAGAAAGGAAGGGAGGAAAAUAGUUUGAAGCUAGUAAUGUGGUGCUUCUAAACUACUCUCAUCUUGGAAGGUGUAAAUUAUUUUCCAGACAGGUUUAGUUAACCCUCUGUCUAUUGGAUUACUUAAUGUAUGUAAUGAUAAAUAGGUCAGGCUGGAGGCAGUAGAAUAUUCUAGGAAAAAAGAGCAGAAAUUGCUGUAACAAUAGCUGUGGAAGCUGCUAAAGCCAGGUGAGGUGGUUUGAUACUACUAUGUGUAUUGUAGGGGAAAUCUAACUGUUGUGAUGGCAGGCAAUAAUCAAGUUCUUUGGCCUUUUUUUAUGACAUGGUGUAGGUUAUGACUUGAUGCAGGUAAUGAAAGUAGUGAUUAUAAGCUAUGUGCUAUUCCUGAAUGAGCUGAUGACCAGAAAUUCGCUGUGUUUUCUUCACUGUUUGACUUGUGUUGGUAAUAUUGUCAUAAUCUUGCCAUGAAGCAAGGACGUUCUGAAAUAGAAGAGGCCUUUGGACUACUAGAAAUGCGUUCUUCCUGCUUUUAGUGCAGGCAUAUGUGUAGGGAGGCAGGGGUAAAGGUAUCAGUUUCAGCAACUGCAGCUAGCUCUCCCCAAAACAGAGAAGCACUGGAGCUAGGUAAAAGAAAUUGUUGGACCAUUCCCCUUUGUGAGGUGAGUCUUUGGAGCAUUAGGUUGAAGGGAUUUAGUAACAAGAAUAUGAUGUUAGGUAGAGGUGAAAGAUGAAGUGGAGAGAAUCUAGAGGGAAAUAACUUGCAUGUGUGCAUAUAUGGAGUUGUUUCAGGGGACUGAGCAGGUGAGAAACUCAAGAACAGUAAGUGUAGGCUUCUUGAAUUUGGAUGGUGGUGCUAAAGCUUCAAAAGCUUACAAGGUUUGCCACUUCAGUUGUACAUAGCUGUGGUGCUUGAACUUAAAAAGUACAAAUUGGUCAGCUAAGCAAAGGAUUUUAUAUCUAGCAUCCUUACGAGCAGCAAGAUUGCUUUCAGGUCUGUGCCUCCAAAACAACUGCUUUGACAAGGUUUGCAUAGCAUCACUGAACCCUGUGCUUAGGUUACCUUCAUUACUUUAUGGAAAUAUUUGUUGUUAUCCACCAAAAAUGUGAUAUUAGGGAUAUCUGUUGGCCUAACAGAAAUACUGUGAAGUAUCUGUGCUAUUUUUUUUUGUUUGUUUGUUUUAGCAGAGUUGGUCUAUAAUACGUGAAUUGUGUAAUGAGGGGCCCACAUAGGUGUGUGAUUUCACUUAGUCUGAUACAGUGAUGGUGUAUGACCAAAGUAUGUAAAACUCAGAAAAACAAGUCUGUGGCCACCCCAUCUUGUGCAGACAGUCUUUAUGCUCUAUGACUGUUCUUAGAUACAUGCUCCUUCUGUUCUGGACUAUAAAGUGCCUACAUUGUGAAAGUACUAUUUUUUGUAGUUCAGUGAAUGAGAGUUGUUUGGGCCAUUAAUUCUCCUGAUCUGAAAAAUGUUGGGAGCAUAUUCUCUUGCAGUCAACAGAAACAGAAAUGAGGUGAGGAAGAGAUGUUGGUUGCAGCUGGUGUGUAACUGUUCUACAACAGUUUUCUGACCUCUUUUUCUGUCUCCUGAGACUUCCUCGUGUAUUCUCCUUUCCUGGUAGGAGUAUGUACAUGGGAUUAGGAUAGUGUGUGCAGUACAAUUCUUUACCAUAAGAGCAUAGAGAAUGGCAGGUUUCUUCCUGUGCUGUUACCAGUGAAUGGCAAGUACAGGAAGAUGGAAUUGCACCAAAACUGCUGGAGUGCUUUGCUGAGUCUUUUUACUAAAUAAACUCACAGCUGUUUGACAACUGCCAGCCUUUUUUAGCUGAACACAUCAUGUGGGUGUCUGCUGUCAGUUUAUCAGAUCUGCAAAGAUGUGAUGGCAAUGGGAGCUUGAUUUGCUUCAGACUUAUUAAAAAUAUAUAUACUUUUACAACCCCACUAUAGCUUGCUUCUAGUUCUGUUUUGUUUCACCCAGCUGAACUGGGUGAACUAUUUUUGUUUGGAAGUUUUCUACAAGAAUACCCAGUAAUGGAUUCAUAAACUCUUUUCAUUGGAUACAGCUGUAAUAGAGGGUACCUUUACACAAAACCUGCUAGAUUGUUCAAGAACAGCAGUGUUUUGUUUCCUAUCUCUUCUGUGAUCAGGAAGGUUUGAGGGGUUACUACUAAUCUCAUAGUCAGUGAGCAAGGAAAAAGCAACUGUCAAGAAAGGUUAAAGAGUUCUUAAAAGGAUGCAUGAAGAGUAAAUGGUACUUAAGCCAUGAAUGUUUCUUUUUGCAGGGAUGCUCUGGACCAACUGCUUCUUUCUAGCGCUACCUCAAAGUAACGUGCAGAUAAAACUCACAGGGAAGAUUGAUCAAAUGGUGAUGAUCAUUAUCAUUCUGCUGGAUGCAUAUAUUUGCCUUUUUGUUUUGGCUCACCUUUAGCAACAAUUAAGUGACACAUGUUAAUGGACACUGACUACAUUUGCAAAUAUUUCUGAGUCAUGAGUGUCAUUAAAGGCCUGUCACUGUUUAGAAAUUGUUCUAAAUAAGAAAAUUGGAAGCAAAAUAAAUAAAGCAGCAUUUGAAUUUACGGAGAAAA